AUGGCUAAGUUUUUGAAAGCUGGUAAAGUUGCUGUCGUCGUUCGCGGUCGUUACGCCGGUAAGAAGGUUGUGAUCGUUAAGCCUCACGAUGAGGGUACCAAGUCACACCCAUUCGGCCAUGCCUUGGUCGCAGGUAUCGAAAGAUACCCAUUAAAAGUUACCAAAAACAUGGGUCCAAAGAAGGUUGCUAAGAGAACCAAGGUUAAGCCAUUUAUCAAGGUCGUUAACUACAACCACUUGUUGCCAACUAGAUACACUUUGGAUGUAGAAUCUUUCAAAUCUGUUGUGUCCACCGAGACCUUCGAAGAGCCAUCCCAACGUGAAGAGGCUAAGAAAGUUAUUAAGAAGGCAUUCGAAGAGAGACAUCAAGCUGGUAAGAACCAAUGGUUUUUCACCAAAUUGAGUUUCUAA